CCGCACCGCCGCGGACAGGAAGUGCCGCGGGCCGCUUCCCGCCGCGCUGCCGCCUCGCCUCGUCGUUCCGGGUGCUGGGGCUCCGGAUGGCCGCCGCCUCGUAGCGCGGAGCUCGCACCGCCGUCGCCGCCAUGGGCCGGGAGUCCAGGCAUUAUCGGAAGCGCUCUGCGUCGCGGGGACGCUCUGGGAGCCGCUCUAGAAGUCGUUCUCCAUCUGACAAAAGAAAACGUGAGGACAGGCGCUCCAGGAGCAGAGAUCGGGAUCGCAGACGGGAGCGGUCGCGCAGCAGGGACAAGAGGAGAUCUCGUUCACGUGACAGGAAGCGCCAGAGACGUUCAAGGAGUAGAGAAAGGGAACGGAGUCGGGAGAGAAGAAGAUCGCGGAGCCGAGAGAGAAGGCGCUCCAGGAGCAGAAGUAGAGGCAGACGGUCUCGAUCCCCCAGUCCGAGCAAGAACAGGAAGACAGAAAACAGAUCAAGAUCUAAAGAAAGGACAGAAGGUGUGGAAGUUUCCAAAGAAAAGAAAAAAGAGAAAGAUGACAAGGAAGAAGAGAAAGAUAAAGAUGCCAGUGCAUCUACUGUGGCCACUGAGAAUUUUGAUCAGAACAAACUAGAAGAAGAAAUGAGAAAACGAAAAGAAAGAGUGGAGAAGUGGAGGGAAGAGCAACGCAAGAAGGCUAUGGAGAACAUUGGAGAACUGAAAAAAGAAAUUGAGGAGAUGAAACAGGGAAAAAAAUGGAGUUUGGAAGAUGAUGAUGAUGACGAUGAGGAAACUGCAGAAGGAGAAAAGGAAGGUGAUGAGGUUGAAGAUGAAGAGUUAGAUCCUUUGGAUGCUUAUAUGGAAGAAGUAAAAGAAGAGGUCAAGAAGUUCAAUAUGAGAAGUGUGAAGGGUGGAGGUGGCAGUGAAAAGAAAUCUGGACCAACUGUUACCAAAGUAGUAACCGUGGUGACAACCAAAAAGGCAGUUGUAGAGACAGAAAAGAAGAAAGGGGAACUCAUGGAGAAUGACCAAGAUGCAAUGGAGUAUUCUUCAGAAGAAGAGGAAGUUGAUCUUCAGACUGCCUUAACUGGCUAUCAGACCAAGCAGAGAAAGCUGCUAGAACCAGUGGAUCAUGGAAAAAUAGAAUAUGAGCCCUUCAGGAAAAACUUCUAUGUUGAAGUACCUGAACUAGCUAAAAUGACACAAGAGGAGGUGAAUGUGUACCGACUGGAGAUGGAGGGAAUAACAGUCAAGGGAAAAGGCUGCCCCAAACCAAUAAAAACCUGGGUACAGUGUGGUAUUUCCAUGAAGAUUCUUACUGCUCUCAAAAAACACGGCUAUGAGAAACCCACACCCAUUCAGAGCCAAGCUAUCCCAGCAAUUAUGAAUGGUCGCGACUUGAUUGGCAUUGCUAAAACAGGAAGUGGAAAAACUAUCGCAUUUCUGUUGCCCAUGUUCAGACAUAUUAUGGAUCAGAGAGCUUUAGAAGAAGGAGAAGGUCCCAUAGCUGUCAUUAUGACACCUACUCGUGAGUUGGCCUUGCAGAUUACCAAGGAGUGUAAGAAGUUCUCAAAGACCCUUGGACUUCGAGUUGUUUGUGUUUAUGGAGGAACAGGAAUUAGUGAACAGAUAGCUGAACUCAAAAGAGGUGCUGAAAUUAUUGUUUGCACACCUGGACGUAUGAUUGACAUGUUAGCAGCUAACAAUGGUCGGGUGACAAAUCUCCGCAGAGUCACAUAUGUUGUCCUUGAUGAAGCAGACAGAAUGUUUGACAUGGGUUUUGAGCCUCAGGUUAUGCGCAUUGUAGACAACGUCAGGCCUGACCGUCAGACUGUCAUGUUCUCUGCUACUUUUCCCAGAGCUAUGGAGGCAUUAGCUCGGAGAAUCCUAAGUAAACCCAUAGAAGUGCAGGUUGGAGGCAGAAGUGUUGUCUGUUCUGAUGUGGAGCAGCAUGUUAUUGUGAUUGAAGAGGAGAAUAAGUUCUUAAAGCUACUAGAGCUACUGGGACAUUAUCAGGAGAAAGGAUCAGUUAUCAUAUUUGUGGACAAACAAGAACACGCUGAUGGGUUGUUGAAAGAUUUAAUGAGAGCUUCUUAUCCCUGCUUGUCUCUUCAUGGAGGCAUUGAUCAGUAUGACAGGGACAGCAUAAUUAAUGAUUUCAAGAAUGGAACUUGCAAACUUCUGGUGGCCACAUCUGUAGCAGCAAGGGGUUUGGAUGUAAAACAAUUGAUGCUAGUGGUCAAUUAUAGUUGUCCCAACCAUUAUGAAGAUUAUGUGCACCGAGCAGGCCGAACUGGACGAGCUGGUAAUAAAGGAUUUGCAUAUACGUUCAUUACUGAGGAUCAGGCACGGUAUGCUGGUGAUAUCAUUAAGGCUUUGGAAUUAUCUGGGAAUCCAAUUCCUGCUGAUUUAGAGAAGCUCUGGUCUGACUUCAAAGAACAACAGAAGGCUGAGGGAAAGCUGAUUAAAAAAAGCAGUGGAUUCUCUGGCAAAGGCUUUAAAUUCGAUGAAACAGAACAGGCCUUGGCUAAUGAGAGAAAGAAGCUACAGAAAGCAGCUCUUGGCUUGCAAGAUUCAGAUGAUGAAGAUACAGCUGUUGAUAUUGAUGAACAAAUUGAAAGCAUGUUCAAUUCAAAGAAAAGAGUAAAAGACAUGGGAACACCAGGAUCAUCAAACGCUCCUACGCCAUCAGCUGGUAAUGCAGAAAAACUGGAAAUUGCUAAAAGAUUGGCUUUGAGAAUCAAUGCCCAGAAGAAUCUCGGAGCAGAGGCACAAGUAUUUGUCCCCUUCCAUUUUAAGGAUGUGAUGCAGCAGGCUACAAACGCUAUCCUUAGGGGAGGCACAAUUCAAGCUCCUACAGUAUCUGCUAAGACCAUUGCAGAGCAAUUGGCUGAAAAAAUCAAUGCUAAGCUGAAUUAUGUACCUAUAGAGAAGCAGGAGGAAGAGAAACAGGAUGGUGGACAGAAUGAAUCUUUUAAGAGAUAUGAAGAAGAAUUAGAAAUCAACGACUUCCCACAGACUGCCAGAUGGAAAGUUACCUCCAAAGAAGCACUACAGAGAAUCAGUGAAUAUUCUGAAGCUGCUAUUACAAUCAGAGGAACUUAUUUCCCUCCAGGCAAAGAACCCAAGGAAGGAGAGCGAAAGAUUUAUUUGGCUAUAGAGAGUGCCAAUGAAUUGGCUGUACAGAAAGCAAAGGCAGAAAUCACACGACUUAUAAAAGAGGAGCUUAUUAGAUUGCAAAAUUCAUACCAACCAACCAACAAAGGAAGAUACAAAGUUCUAUGAGUACUUGGAGCAAUCUGUCUGCUGGUGGCUGACAUUUUAUAACAGAAAAUUGAUAUUUGCUGAGACAUCUUAAUUCUUUCCACUAAAGUUAGCAGUCUCAAAGCAGACCAGUUUUGGCGAAGCAUGACUUAAUUUAAAAGUGCAGUUUAUAUACUUUACACCAUAAAGAAUAUAAAAUAAAAUGAUUUUAAUUUUCCUGGCAGGCUAUACUGUUAAGUAAAUUAAACAGUGUUGGGAUUUGUGUUGGAAAUUGUUAGAAUGUACCUGCUUCAUAUUGUGGGGAAGAUUCACACCAUAUCAGUUUAUACUGGAAUAAUGAUAAAACACAAAAAUAAAGGCAGGAUUUUCUCCUGAUUGAUCCAUAGCAUCUCUCUGGCUGGUUCCACACACAGGAAUUCUCUCUACAAAUGUCCUUCUAAUGUCAGAGAGAAUUUUAUCCAGAAAUACUUGGUCUAGUUUUAAAAUCUUCUCAUCCUUUUUGUUUCCCAUUUUGUCCUUAUGAUCCAGGUAACAGAAUAACUCUUCGGUGUUCUUUUUUCUUUUCUUUUUUUCCUUUUUUUUUCUUUUUUUGUAAAGUGAAAUGUUUUGUAGUAUGAAAAUAGUUUCCAUGGUUUUUUUCUAAACAUCAGAAUUUUAGGAUUAUAUUUUUUUCCUCAUUCUCUGUCAUAGGAAUGAAAGACUGUUUCAUUUAAAAAGAAAUACUCAGAGGAAGAAAAAAAGAGAAGCCUCUUUUGUAAUGAAUAUAUGACUGUCACAUUUUUUUACAGUGUUCUUAUAUAUGCAUUUAAUGUGAUUGUCCUUGGGGUUGUUGUCUUUAUUACUGUUAGGCUUUAAGUAAAAAUUGAUAACAGUAUUUAUGAAUUGGAUCCACGGAUUUUGACUAUCGUUGCAGUAAGUAAGCUACCACAUUACUGGGACAGGAAAGAAUUUUUUUUUUUUUGGAGGUCUCAUCCACAUAAUCAUUAGUAUUUGUGAUGGACUCCUUACUCUAAUCGUUUAGCUUUCCUGACUCUACUUAUUUGCAGCAUAAACAGCAGUAAUUGAACCAUCUUGUUCUGGCAGCUGCACGACUUUGGAGAUGAUGACUUUCAAAAGGACUUUUGUAGAAAGCUUUUCUUAGCUGACACUGAGAAGAAAUGUGUCAUUUUAAAGUAGCUGUGUAUAUACUGCUUUAACUCUGGUGAAGACAAAUCAUACAAUCUGCAUCAUAGCUGUACAGAUUUACAACUUUGGUUUCCAAUCUUCAGGUAAUUUAAAUGGCCAUUUCCAUUUAUUUACAAUUGUCUGUUAUUCUCAUGUCUGUGUCUUACUUUCAAUACAGGAGAGGGAAGUAAUGAUGAUAUUAACAGCAUACAUUCAGUAUAAAAACACCCAUAAUGUAAUACUUUCCAAUGUUAAUCCAGUAAGUCCUUGGGUAGAACAAAGAGAAGCACACAGUAAUGCAUUUCAAAAUUUAAAAGAGAAAUCUCAAGCUAAAAAUUUAUGGUUUCCUUUAAGUACAUCAGGUUUCUUUCUGUUAAAAAGUGGAUGUUGAUAUGUUUCAUACAACUUUGUGCAAUUGUUUCACCUUCUGACACUGUUUUCCAAGAAGAGUAACAUAUUUUGAUGUAUUUCAUGGAGAGCACUUUCAAGUUCGGACAGUCGGACAUUUCUUUAAAAAUCUUGUUUCAGAAUGUUCAGAUAUAUAUUGGUAUCUCCUAAAAACAAACAAACAGAAGGGCACGAAGGAAACAUUCUUGUGAUUUCCAGCUUUGCUCUGUUGGAUUUCAGAGCUGAAACAAUGUCUAGUCUUUAAACUUCCUGGGGUUUUUAAAUGCAAUGUCAAUAUUCCUAUGUUUUUUAAAUUCCAGCAAAAAAUAAAAAACAAUUUCAAUGUA